CUUUCUUUUUGGAUCGCAUCUCUUCGGUCUUCCAUUAUAUAUCUAUUAUCAGCUGCCGUCGAAAAACCCUAGCUUAGCUUCUUCUCACCAGUGAGUCUGUAGCUGCUCCUUGAGAAGAAAGGGUUCCGAAAAUGAGCAAACUUCAGAGUGAAGCGUUGAGAGAAGCCAUUUCAUCUAUCUUUGGUGAUAGCACUGAAAAGAAGCGCAACUUUACUGAGACUAUUGAACUUCAGAUUGGACUGAAGAACUAUGAUCCUCAGAAGGACAAGCGUUUCAGUGGAUCAGUGAAGUUGCCCCAUAUCCCUCGCCCUAAGAUGAAGCUUUGCAUGCUUGGAGAUGCUUUGCACGUUGAAGAGGCAGAGAAGAUUGGUAUGGAUUAUAUGGAUGUGGAAGGUUUGAAGAAGCUAAACAAGAACAAGAAGUUGGUGAAGAAACUUGCCAAGAAAUAUCAUGCCUUUUUGGCAUCUGAAGCUGUUAUCAAGCAAAUUCCCCGUCUUCUGGGCCCUGGGCUCAACAAGGCAGGUAAGUUCCCUACCCUGGUUACUCACCAAGAAUCCCUCGAGUCGAAAGUCAACGAGACAAAGGCAAUGGUUAAAUUUCAGCUAAAAAAGGUUCUUUGCAUGGGUGUUGCCGUCGGUAACGUCGCCAUGGAGGAGAAGCAAGUUUUCCAGAACGUUCAAAUGAGUGUCAAUUUCCUUGUUUCCUUGUUGAAAAAGAAUUGGCAAAACGUGAGGUGCUUGUACCUGAAGAGUACUAUGGGAAAGGCAUAUCGAGUCUUCUGAGAACUUUUCAAAUUUUAGAUAGUACUGUUUGCUCUUUCGUUUAAGAACCAACCAGGUUGAGGUGAAAUUCUAUAUUAUGAUUGGUAAAAGUUUUCCUGUUUAUUUUUCUUUUAUUUAUUUUUUGUUUAGCACAAACAAAACCACUAGCUGCACAACCGUUAACACUCAUGAUGGAAGUAAUGUUUUCUUUUUUUUCCA